UGGUUGUAUAAGUUAGUUGAAUUCAGGGGUGGUACUGCUAUUUAUACAGACUCAAGCAUGCUAAAGUGUUCUGCAACCAAGUGAGGCAGAGUCAAUCUGAGUUAUGGCUACUUCCUGUUUUGCCAGCUUUGGCUGUUUAUUCUUAUGUGUUUCUUUGGCUUUCGGAGUUCUCAUCAUGGCUAGUUUGAAGGCUGAGGCUCGUGCAUUCUUUGUUUUCGGAGACUCAUUAGUUGACAGUGGCAAUAAUAAUUAUUUAGCCACCACUGCCAGGGCUGAUUCUCCGCCUUAUGGGAUUGAUUAUCCUACAGGCCAACCCACAGGGCGUUUCUCUAACGGCCUUAAUAUUCCUGACUUAAUCAGUGAGCAAAUCGGGUCUGAGUCAGCAUUGCCUUACUUGAGUCCGGAACUGACAGGGGAGAAACUACUAAUUGGUGCAAAUUUUGCUUCUGCUGGGAUUGGAAUACUAAACGACACUGGAAUCCAGUUUGCAAAUAUUUUACGAAUGCCAAGACAACUAGAAUACUUUGCAGAGUACAAGGAACGAGUAAGUUCAUUAGUAGGAGCUGAGCAAAUGGAUCGACUGGUUAAGGGCGGGCUUGUGCUCAUUGUUUUAGGGGGCAAUGACUUCGUGAACAAUUACUAUCUUGUACCUUAUUCUCUAAGGUCUCUCCGGUAUUCACUUCCUGAUUAUGUUCGCCUUAUCAUCUCUGAGUACAAGAAAAUUUUAAUGCAAAUAUAUGAUCUGGGAGGUCGGAGAGUUGUCGUGACAGGCGUUGGACCCUUAGGCUGUGUGCCUGCAGAAUUAGGUCAGCGCCGCAACAAUGGAAAGUGUUCAGCUGAGUUGGAAAGAGCAGCUGGUCUAUACGAACCCCGAUUCCAGCAAAUGCUUAAGGAGCUCAAUUCUGAAGUAGGAGCUGAUAUCUUCGUUGCUGCCAAUACUAAUCUCAUGAACUCUGAUUUUAUCUCCAAUCCACAAGCCUUUGGAUUUAUUACUUCACAAGAAGCAUGUUGUGGGCAAGGUCCAAACAACGGACUCGGGCUCUGCAAUCGAUUUUCUAACUUGUGCCCGGACAGAAGCUUGUAUGCAUUCUGGGAUCCAUUCCAUCCAACUGAAAGGGCUUGUCGGUUCAUCGUUCAACAAAUGAUGCUAGGUUCCAGCAAAUACAUGAGCCCAAUGAAUCUUAGUACCAUAAUGGCCUUGGAUUCUAGAAUCUAAACAUUGUACUAAUUUACCUUUUCCAUCUUUUGUAUCCGGUGAAAGCAGAAUUUUUGUUAUCUGUGAAUAACAAAAAAAAGUGACAAUAAUAAUAUCAUUCACAGAUCAAAUUAUUUGAA